AUGACCAAUAUAGAGAUCAAAGCCCUCAACGAAUUAAACGAAACAAACCGAAACUCUAAUCAAAAAGUUGGAGUUAGCUUGAAACAGAAAGCCCUUUUAACUCUAAAAGAAGAUGUAAGUCAUAUAGCAAAUCUUACUGAGUUCUACUGGAACUAUCCAACUUGA